UGCUUUAGGCCCAGCUUCCCGUGGAAGAGGCCCGGCCGGACCGGGCCGAGUCGCCGGCGAAGUCAUCUCACACCGCAGGCCUUGCCUGCCUGUGCCCACCUCCGCUACGUUCCUCCGGUCGCCUCCGCUUACCCAGGCCUCCGGUCUCUGUUGGUCUGAAGACGUUUCUUUCUCCUCUUCGUGGGGCAUGUCCUGACGGAGUAGUUUGAUCACUAGCACCCAGCAGCCGGGCAGCUGUCUCUUCCAGGCUCAGGGAGUGGAGGGGAAGGAUCGCCUUCCUUCUCGGGCUGCAGAACCAGGAGGUGCAGAUGGUGGCAUGCGAAGAGGAGAGCUCACCUAGCACUAAAUUGAAAAGAUGUCCCUGUACGAUGACCUGGGAGUGGAGACUAGUGACUCAAAGACAGAAGGCUGGUCUAAAAACUUCAAACUUCUGCAGUCUCAGCUGCAGGUGAAGAAGGCAGCGCUCACUCAAGCAAAGAGCCAAAGGACAAAACAAAGUACAGUCCUUGCCCCAGUCAUUGACUUAAAGCGAGGCGGCUCCUCAGACGACCGACAAAUUGUGGACACCCCACCUCAUGUAGCAGCUGGGCUGAAGGACCCUGUUCCCAGUGGGUUUUCUGCAGGGGAAGUUCUGAUUCCCUUAGCUGAUGAAUAUGACCCUAUGUUUCCUAAUGAUUAUGAGAAAGUGGUGAAGCGCCAAAGAGAGGAACGACAGAGACAGCGGGAGCUGGAAAGACAAAAGGAAAUAGAAGAAAGGGAAAAGAGACGUAAGGACAGACAUGAAGCUAGUGGGUUUUCAAGACGACCGGAUCCAGAUUCUGAUGAAGAUGAAGAUUAUGAGCGAGAAAGGAGGAAAAGAAGCAUGGGUGGAGCUGCCAUUGCCCCACCUACUUCUCUUGUGGAAAAAGACAAAGAGUUACCCCGAGAUUUUCCUUACGAGGAGGACUCAAGGCCACGAUCACAGUCUUCCAAAGCUGCUAUUCCUCCCCCAGUGUACGAGGAGCAGGACAGACCACGGUCUCCAACUGGGCCCAGCAAUUCCUUCCUGGCUAACAUGGGUGGCACAGUAGCUCAUAAGAUCAUGCAGAAAUAUGGCUUCCGGGAAGGCCAGGGUCUUGGCAAACACGAGCAGGGGCUGAGCACUGCACUGUCGGUGGAGAAGACCAGCAAGCGGGGUGGCAAGAUCAUUGUGGGAGACGCCACAGAGAAAGAUGCAUCCAAGAAGUCGGAUUCAAAUCCAUUAACUGAAAUACUUAAGUGCCCUACUAAAGUGGUCCUACUAAGGAACAUGGUUGGUGCAGGAGAGGUAGAUGAAGACUUGGAAGUUGAGACCAAGGAAGAAUGUGAAAAAUACGGAAAAGUUGGAAAAUGUGUGAUAUUUGAGAUUCCUGGUGCCCCUGAUGAUGAAGCAGUACGGAUAUUUUUAGAAUUUGAGAGAGUCGAAUCAGCAAUUAAAGCUGUUGUUGAUCUGAAUGGGAGAUACUUUGGUGGACGGGUGGUAAAAGCAUGUUUCUACAAUUUGGAUAAAUUCAGGGUCUUGGAUUUGGCAGAACAAGUUUGAUUUUAAGAACUAGAGCAUGAGUCAUCUCCGAUAAUCCUUAAAUGAUCCGCAAGUUGAGCAAAGAAGAGAAAAGGCAAUGGCCUCCGUGGCUGUUGGAGACUGAGACUCUUGGAAGGACUUCUAAGACAUAUGUUGAUGGUCCCUUUUUUAUUUUGUGGUUUUUUAAAUAUAGUAUAAAAAUCCUUUUAAAAAAAAAAAAACAACAAUCUGUGUGCCUCUCUGGUUGUUUCUCUUUUUUAUUACCACUUCUGAGUUGAUUACAUUUUUUUCCUAGGACUUCAUGGUAGUUCUCAAGUGCUUCAAUGAUGCAACAUUUCUUGCACUAAAAAUCUAGGAAGUUUGGGUACAUGGGGUUGUAUUAUAUUAUCCUUUGUUUUCUUCUUCUUUUUUUAAAAUAAAGCUUGCAAGUACCUGAACUAUAGCUUCAUAAAUUCUGUAAUAAAAUAUCAUCUUGGCAAUA